UUUUAUAGUCUAGAAACAAAUACUCAUGUGUGCGCACACGCACACGUAUAUACAUGUGUAUGUGUUCAGUAUUAAGAAAUUUGGAAAGUUUUCUAAACCACUGAGUUCUAGUAACUUGUGGUGUCACAUUUGGCCUUUUAAGUUGGUCACUUCUAUCCUCAGAGUGUUGGGUGUUACUUCAGUGUCCUGUGUGGAAAGUUUUGCAUGUCCCAAAGUUUAUAAGGUUCAAAGAGGUUUGAUUAUUGAGGGUUAUCAAGUGCUUGGAUGUUCUUUUGCUGCUUCACAUAUUUGCAAUUUCUCCUUUUUUUCUUUCUUUCUUUUUUUUUUGCUUACAAAACUGUGCAGGCUUUCUGUCAGAUCAGUUUAGGCUCUUCCUGCUUUCUGUAUGAAAUGCAUGCCUCUGAAAAACCAGUUCAAGAAAUUCUGGUUUAUUACCCCUACAUCCUCUGGAAUGUUCUGAAAAUAUUUUCUUUGGUGUUUUUCAAAGUAAUACUGUGUAUUUUCUUCCAGAGUAUCACAGAAGAAUUAAGUCCAUGGAUGAAAAGCUUUGAAUUUAAAAAGAAAAAGUUGAGAUGAGCCUUUAUAUUUAAGGAGCAUCCCAUGUAUUUGUCCUCCAUUAUAGAUUGUUUUUGUUUAUACAGAAUGAACAAUUAAGCAUGUGGUAGCUGUGUUGUUAGGAGUCAUUUUAGUUCUAGGUACUGUGCUGUUAAAAGAUUAUUAUUAGUUAUUUUGGGGUAGGAUACUUGUCAAGUUUUCUAUUCAUUCUUUUAGUAGCAGAUCAGAUUAGAAUCUCAACUGUGGUACUCAUCAUGUGUCUCAUAAAGGUGCUCUGAAAUUCAUUAAAUUCUUUUGCGACAAGGGGAAUAGAAACAGAAACUUUGUACACUUUCAGUAGCAUUACUAUUUCUUUUGAAGCUGUACUUGUAGACAGCUUAUAAUAUGUUUAAGGGAAUACAGAAGCUGUGCAGAACCCAAGAUAUGUGGUGGAAGCACAUAGGAUGCAUUAGAAGAGGGUCAUACGACUUUCUACAGAAAGCUUGGAAAUAUAACAUUUCAUAAACCAGUUCUGAAGGAAAAUUUAUUAGAUUUCUUUCUGUGGGCUCAUGUGGCUGAUUUGAUCUUGUUACUCUGCUGUCACUGUUGGAAAUCAAGACUGAACACUUGUAAAUGUUACAAUAAAGUAGACUAAGAGUUUGUAAUUAUCCUAGCCUAAUAGUAAUGCCAAGAAUGGCAGAAAUUAAUUGCCAUGGUAUGAAAGAUUUCUGCUACUAAGAGGUUGUAAAGUACAGCUUUUAGUUGCUGCAGCUGUCCUGGUCUUACAUCUCCUGUCCACUUACAUGAUUUAGAGGAGGUCAUCUCAAAGCUUUAUAUUUGAGGUACAGGUAAGUUUUCUUGUCGAGAGCCAUUCUACGCUUACUUUAAUAGCUUUCAUUUCUUUUUUUCCCAUAUGGCCAUUCAAUACAGGUAGUGUGGCCUUUUUAACUUUUAUCAUGUAAUGAACUCCCAGGACUGAGAUAAUUCUGGAUAAAAUUCCUGAACUCUUUGGGUGACACCGUGAGAAGAAGUUGAAGCAUUUCCAUUGAAACUCUUAAGUGGAGCUACUAAGCUCUGAGCUGCAAAGUGGCUGUGGACAUGAUGUUUUGAAAAGCAUGCAUGUUGAUAGCCUUUCACUCUACAACUACUGUUCUAAAUUACAAUACUGGCUUACAAGAAAGUACAAGGACAUCUUGUAUUUUAUACAAUAAAUAUUUUCUCUACUUCUUGCUUUGGAGCUGUUGUUGUUUGGUACAUGUAUGUAGUAAGUCAGUAGUUACUAAGUGGGAAUUUGUUUUGAUAGUAGCAUUUAGAGAUGCAGUUGAUUUAAGACUGUCAGCAUUCCUGAGAGGCUAUUAAUCUGAACCCUGGUCUCUUUUUGUCAGUGCUACUAAAGAUGUUCAGUGAUUUUUAAACUCUGAUUUGCUGGGUUAGGUUUGCUGUUAUAUUUAAAGGAAAUGGGGAGGAAAACCUUCUCAGGGCAGUUUGACAGCAGUAGGUUAGAAGCCAGGCAGAAGGUGCCCAUGUCUUCUAGCUUACACAAGACUUAUUUGGAAGCUCUGUCUGGAAGUAGUUUUGCGUCACUUACACCACCCUUCUUAAAAUACAAGCUUGCUGUAUUAGACUGCUAGUUUAGGUGGUAUGUGAAAGUCUUGCAAGCAGUACAAGAGAAAAAAGAAUCAGGUUAUUCUGUGUUAAAAGCAAUCUUACCUAUUGUGAUAUGUAACACAUUUUCAUUGCUAACUGAAGAAACACUAUAAAUAGUGGUUUGUUCUAUAAUUGCUCUGAGGAGCCUAGAGAAAACUUGCUGCUUUUAUUGAAAUUCAUACUGUCAUAGCCUGUUUGGGUUGGAAGGGACCUUAAACGUAAUUUUGUUCCAGCUUCUCUACUGUGGACAGGGACACCUCCCACUAGACCCAGUACUCCGGGCAGCAUCCAAAUUGGCCUUGAACACUUCUAGGGAUGGAGCAUUCACAGCUUCUCUGGGCAACCUCUUUUCAGUGCCUCACCACCCUUACAGCAAAGAGUUUCCUUGCAGUCUAAACCUCCUGUCUUUCACUUUGAAGCCAUUCCACCUUGUCCUGUCAGUAAAUGCUCUUGUAAAAAGUCCUUGUCUUUUCUUGUAGACUCCCUUCAAGUACUGGAAGGCUGCUGUUAGGUCACCCUAAAGCUUUCUCUUUUCCAGGCUGAGAAACCCCAGUUUGCUCAGCCUUUCCUUGCUGCUCUAACCCUGUGAUCGUCUCGAUGGCCUUCUCUGGACUCGCUGCAGCAGGUCCAUUUCCGUCCUGUGCUGCGAGCCCAGAGCUGGAUGCAGGGUUAGGGUUAGACCCAUGUGCGGUCUCACCAGAGCAGAGCAGCAGAAUCUGCUCCCUGGCCCUGCUGGCCACCACGAGCAGCCCAAGUCCUUCUCCCCCGGGCGGCCCUCUGUCUGGUUAUCUGCCAGCUUGAUUGCCUCACCAAGGCUUCCAGGUCUGGACGCAGCUCUGAGCUCUUGCUCAGGAGUCCCUGACCUUGGGAACCCCCCUGAACAUCUUGAUCCAGUGCUCACCCUCACACUUAUCUCAGUCAUUGCUGGUGGUGCUGCCUCAUUGUCUGACUGAAAAUUAGCUUUUCUCAAGUCAAUUUUACUGAAUAAGUGCAUCUGUACUUAAAUCAACAGAAUAUUAAAUUGAAAUGCUCAGUGUGGUGAGAACUAAUUGGACUGAAAACCUUAUGUGCUACUGUAGUUUGACUGAAAUUUGUAGAGACCUGAAGUUUUCCAAUCAUACUUAAGAGCCAGCAUUGUAGGAACAAAUAAACCAGCAGUGAGUUCUUCAAUGACAUUAUUUUCUUUCCACGCCUGCCUUUUAUCUCUUCAAUCAGAAACAAUACUUUAGACUUGGAACUUCACACUAUAUGUAGGAACUCUAGGGUCUCUUUAUUCCUUUGACAAACACAACAUAUACUUUCCAAAAAUAGGGGGUGGUACAGAUCAUUAAAAGUAGGGGGAAUGACAAACUCUGGUGGGCUCAAGUUACUUGUUCUUUGUGCCAGAAAAUGAGUGUUCUCACAGUUAUGACUGCCUCUUUCAAAUCACAAUUAUAAGUUGAUGGAGCCAGUGGGGAAAUUGUUGAGGAGGUGGGGGUGAGAAAGUAAAUCAAGCUGGAGUAAAUCAAGCUAUGUAUGGUAGCAUUAUGAUAGUGCAGGGAUUGUAAGGAAGAAAUAUGAAAGAGUGAUAAUCGGGGUUUUUUUUAGUUUUGUUGCUAAUAGAAGAACUUAAACUAGCUCUGACACUAUUUUUCAUCUUUGCAAAGUGGUAUGGAGAAGACUUACUCUCCCUGCAGAUGUCUAUAUCAGAUGAUCUUAAGAGAUAACUAUUUUGUAUUCUGAAUUUUUAACUGACAGUAACUUAGAACUUUGUCUACAUUAAAAAGGUUUGUGUUCUGUCAGCAGUAAGGAUCCUCCUUGUUUGAUACUGAGACUGUCCUUAUUGCUGGAAACUGUUGAUUUAUGAAUAGCAUUACGUUAAUUUUGAUUUAAGACAGAAAGCAUUCUGUGUAUGUUUGGUGUCAAUGAGAAAAUGCUGUGCAGUAAUUAGGAGAGGAAAAGUUAAUUUUUUAGGUUCAUGGAAUGAGUUUGUUAUUUGCCAACUUGCAAAUCACUGUUUUGUCAAGACUUUUCCCUUAAGAACUUUUUUGAACUCUACAUAACGAGACAGCAUACAAUGCCUUCUCUAGUUGAUUAUUAUCCAGUAACAUCACAAUUAUUAUAUAUAAUGCAAUUUUUGUUUGAAUUAUGAUUAUAUUAUACCAGUACAGGUCAUCUUUGUUAUUCUUUUACAAUAUGCAUGUAAACAUUACAGUUUUUGUAAUCAUGAAUGUCAUUUUUUCAUGCAGAUGUGUCAGUGCAGUGUUUGAUGAAUUUUCAGGGAAUGUGUUAUGCUUUAUAAUGUUUUCUGGUUUGUCGCUUGAAAGAAGAAGCUGAAAGAUACAGUACAGCUGGCUAAGUUAGAAAUUUUUUAUUUAUGAAUAAUUGUAUGUGACACUUACUGUUGUAUUUGGACUAUUGAGUAUAGACACUGGCAUAAUAAAGGCCAUGGAUCAGUUGAUUACUUAAUUAAAGGACAUUGCCAAAUUUAUUUUAACUGACUAGACAAAUGUUUUUACAAUAAAAAAUUAUUUGUUUUACUGUGCAAUGGCAAUCAGUAGAAGAGAUCUCAGGAACAGGAUUUUUUUUUUGUUUUGUUUUGUUUGUUUUUUCAACAACUUAUCCAUACAAAGUACCAUCUUUUGUUCCAUCAGUGACUUUUCCCAAAAUUUGUUGGAACAUGGAGACAUUUAGAAGCUUAAGCUUUGUCUUGGCACUAACAUCAAGGUGGUCUGGGAUCCUAACUCCAGCAUUUCAAGUGAUUGUAUUUCCUACCUUUUUGUUGUGAUAAUAACUGGAUUUUCUUUUAUUUACUUUUUUCCCCCUAAUAUAUAAAUUAAUUUCUGGACACAAGGACUCAGAUAUUGAUAUCAGGAUUCAAAAUAGGAAGAGACACCAAAGAUGCUAACAAGGAAGAUUAAGCUUUGGGACAUUAAUGCCCAUAUAACCUGUCGUCUGUGCAAUGGAUACCUGAUCGAUGCUACUACUGUAACAGAAUGCUUGCAUACUUUCUGUAGAAGCUGCCUAGUGAAAUAUUUGGAGGAAAACAACACCUGUCCAACCUGUAGGAUUGUUAUACAUCAGAGCCACCCAUUACAGUAUAUUGGUCAUGACAGAACAAUGCAAGAUAUUGUUUACAAACUUGUGCCAGGCCUCCAAGAAGCGGAAAUGAAAAAGCAAAGGGAGUUUUAUCACAAACUGGGCAUGGAAGUUCCAGGGGAUAUCAAAGGGGAGACAUGUUCUACAAAACAGCACCUAGAUUCUCAUCGAAAUGGUGAAACUAAAGCAGAUGAAAAUAUAAAUAAAGAAACUUCGGAGGAAAAACAGGAAGAAGAUAAUGACUACCACCGAAGUGAUGAACAGGUAAGCAUCUGCUUGGAGUGCAAUAGCAGCAAACUGCGUGGAUUGAAACGAAAAUGGAUUCGUUGCUCUGCACAAGCAACAGUCUUGCAUCUAAAGAAGUUCAUUGCCAAAAAACUCAACCUGUCUUCUUUUAAUGAGCUGGACAUAUUAUGCAAUGAAGAGAUUCUUGGCAAGGACCAUACGCUCAAGUUUGUAGUUGUUACUAGAUGGAGAUUUAAGAAAGCACCUCUACUGCUACAUUAUAGACCCAAAAUGGACUUGCUGUAAGGGAACUUAAGUGUCCUUCUGGACAGAGCUUUUUGCAGAGACUAUCAUCUGGCACCUUCUUAGUGCAUCACUAAUCACAUGACACAAACCAGCUGAAUAAUUUUGGAAGACUGGAGGGCUUUCAUAGUGGGCUGUCCUGAAUAUUUCUUCUAGGGAUGUGUUACCUAGACUUCUGGGCAGACAAUAUUUAUACUUUUUUGUAUGGAAGAAAGAAGUUUCAACUCAGCAAGACACUACCAGCAUUAAGUUUACAGAUACUGAAAACACUUCACAGUUCCAUGUAGCUCAGCCUGAUUUGUCUCUUACAGUUACACACAGAAAAAGUUUGAGUGUUGUGGGGUGAUAUAAAUAUGUUGCUUUUGACACCAAGUUGCUUUAGUUACUUCUCGCAUUCUAAAUCUUUAAAAACUAUAUUUUUGCAAAGUGUUAUUGUCUUAUAUAGUAUGCCUGAUUGCAUUGGCUUUAUUCAAGUUACUCUGUAGAGCAUUGAACAUACCUGAUAAUACAGUGACUGGUGAUAAUUUAUUAUGCUGCAUUGAAAACUUAAGAAAAUCUGGGAAACCAGUAAAUUUGUCAUUUUUGCCCAGUUAUUGCUCUCCCUCACCUUGUGUUUUAAUAAAGUUUUGAUACUUCUGUAUAUGUGUUAAUUUGGUAAGACUAAUAGAAAGAAUUUCAGUUGAUUUUAAUGUGCUGUGAUAUAUAUUUUGCUAUGGUAUAAAUUGCACCACGUAAUGACAAAUACUCACAAGUGCUAGAUUUGUGAAUUUCUUAAAAAAUAAACAUUUCUUAUGUAUUGUGGCUUGCAGAAAUCAGUUUUUAAUUUAGAGAGAAUUUGCUAUCACUACUAUUGAAACAGUGGCUCUUGGACAACUGUGGGAGUAUUGCAGAUUUUUCAUUUCACUGAUUAAAACUUACAAGCAACUUUAAAUUUCUUUAGCUGUUUUCUUACAAAACCAUAGCAUUUUCUGUACUGCCAUUCCAAACUUACAUGGGGUGGGAGGAAGGGAGAGUCAAGACAAGAUUAUUUUAGCACCUUUUGGCCUUAACUAGUAAUUUUGCUUGCAUCAGCCCUAAUGGAUGCAAGGUAAUACACAUGAAUUUAUGUAUGGGUACAUACAUCUAUAUACACAUAUAACUAUAUAUGUUACAGAAAGCACCCUCAAUGGCACUUAGCAGGGCUCGCUGCACUUUUUGUAAGGCUUUUGGAAAUAAUUGGCUUUUAAAAAACUGUAGUUGAAAGUGAUUUCUGCAAGCUAUAUCCACUAUGUAUCAUCCAUAGUACAAUUGUAAGAACAUUUGUCUGGCCCAGGUGUGAAGUCACUGAAAAUAGUGUAUGCCCUAUUAUGGCCAGCUGGAAAUAGUUAACCUAAUUUUUGGAAGAGUUUUCCUGUCAGCUGAAAAUGUUAGUCGCUAUUCCUAUUAUUAAACUCUGUUAUUUUUUUGAUAAAUUAUCUUUUGAUAAGAAGCCCUGCUUCCUCUUGCUGUGCUCCUUUGCUUCUUCUUCUAGAAAGUGUUACUUAGUAACCAGAAGCUGAUACUGCAAGAGAUUUAUCUAAGCAUUUUAAAUAUUCUUCCUCUUGAGUUUUCAAAGCGCUACAUUCCUCAGCACAUUUCCCUUAAUUUCCCUCUCUGGAGUCUUCAGUUCUCCUUUCCCAGCUCUACUGCUGCUUGUGCUUACCUUUGACAACAGGGCUCCUUAUUUUGAUUACAGUCACAGAUGUGAGGAGGAAGGAAACUAAAAAGAAAUUAUGUGAGCAGAGAAUGAAAAGGAUUCUCCUGAAUUGUGGAGAUGGAAAGGAGAGCCACACAAAGGCCAGAACAUGCUGCUGUCCAUGCAGACGAAAGUGUUAAGAUAGCUGUAUUUGAAUGUUUAGGUCACACAGAACUCCACAUCUGGUUCUUGUGUGGUGUUUGUAUGCAUGUCUGUGAUUCGUGCAAUCAAAUUUGGCUCUGAUUUUGUCUUGCUGUGUGUGUAUUUUCAGCUUUUUUUCUGUCUUUAGCAUUACUUGAUCUGGCAGAAAAGAACAAACAAGAUCAUGUGUCUACCAUUUUUAAAACUUUCCAUAAAAGCAGUCAAUGCAGGUGGUAUGGAUGUGUACACAGGCUGACAUACUGGGCCUCUCUGGAGCUGUUUCUUACAUGAUUGUUACUGUUCUAGUGUGAAAAAGAGUCUGGCUUUGCCACUGAGGCCCUGAGAAUGUGGACAGGACUGUAAGGGUCCCAGCUCUGUGCACCCAGAGUAUGCACCAAGUGGCUGUACCUGAUGUAGACAUUAAACUAAAGCUGCCAGACAGCAUUCUGGUUAACCACCUUACUCAGAAUAUAUAUAUAUAUAUAUAUAUAUAUAUAUAUAUAUAUAUAUAUAUAUAUAUACACACACAAACAAAUAUAUAUAUAUACAUAUACACAUAUAAAUGAGAUCUGUCUACCUCAAGUGUGUGUACUGCAGGAAACUUUUGUAUGACUAGAUAUUGACGCAGUGCUGUUAAAGUACAUUGGGAUUUCAUUUCUUCCUUGUGUACUUGAGCAACUGAGAAAUUAAUUACGAACACGCAAAUUCAGAAGCCUUUCAAAUCUAUCUCUUGCUGUAACAACUUACAAUAGAAAACUUCAUAACCAUCUUUAGAAUCACUUGAAUUUGUUAUGGUGCUAUCAGUAUAUAGAAAACUCUGUUUAUAUGGAUACAUAAAUUCAAGCCAGUAUUAAUACCUAUAGCUGGGGUUUUUGCUUGUAAUUGUGUGUAACUGCUUUUGCAAUGUGUUUAAUCUGAUAAUAUCGCACCAUUAAAAAAAAACAAAAAAACAAACAAAAAAACAAACUAAAAGAACCAAACAAAAAACCCCCAAACCAACAAAAAACUCCAGAGUUACUCAGUUGUUUUUCUAAAUCACAUGUGAUAACAUCUUCACUUCAAAAAUUGCCCUCAGGAGUGGUGUGACUCUGUCUGUACCAUAUGUUAGUCUCACUAAAAGACUACAGUGUAGAGCAAGGUCUUCUUUGGGUAAGAGCCUUGUUUAAUUUCUGUGACACUUAAGAGACAAUUUAUAUCAAGACUAUAUUGGGUAAAGUAACCCUGAUACUGUUGAAAGUUGAACUAAAAUUUGGACACGACCAUACAUAUUUCUUAGUUCUGAUGAGAUCAUGGUCGUUGAUUUUGGCUUUUGUGAAGAUGCCAUUACUGUGAAGUAGCUUUUAUAAUUUCUUACGCUGGUAAAUAGUUGCAGUAAGGAAGUAUCUUGUUGCAUUAUCCUCAGCAGCAGUGAGACUGAUGAAUCACCUGGGCUUAGAGUCUCAUUAAGUAUACUUUCAUUAAAAAUAAAGAAUUGAGAUAGAAUAUAUAAUAUGGAAUUUAAAUAAGAUUUGGGGGUUUAAAUUUUAACUUUAUAAAAUUAUUUAUUCUAUUUUAAGCCUUCUGUCUUAUUUUACCAUCCAAGUAUUUUUGGUUUUAGUGGUCCAGCUUUAUUUACGGGCAUAUAAAUUGAAAUUGUAAGAUGUUUUUACAAGCUUCUUCCUUUUUCAUUGAGUUUGAGUAGCUUUCAUCUGUAUGUUUUUGUUUUGUAUGGAUAAAGAGCAUUACUUAUGCUUUUGUGCAAUAGGUUUGAAACAUGCAUUUAUUAGGCUUAUGUUUAAAUUGUAAAUGUAGCAUCUACUUACCAUUACAUUUAAAAGGAAUGUAGAUGGCUUUUCUCACUUGUUCAAAUGGAGUUUUAUUUGGGGCUGUUAUUUGGGGGUGGGUGUGUGUGUUUUAUGCUUUGUUCCAUUUUUUAUUUUACGAGUGAAAUGGGGGAUUUAAAAUUUCUGUAAGUACAAGAACUAUCUGUCAGCAAUAUUUUAAAAUAAACGAUCUUGCAAGAAACCUUAAUGUGAAUUGUGGAAGCAAUCGACAAGACUUGCAGCCUAUCUGAAAAUGUUUUGUGCCAUUGUUAGGUCUGGUAUAUUUGUGUACCAUCACACCUGGGAAUAUUUUUUUCUAUGGUUGUGCAAUAGUAUACACAACACUGUCACUCAGGAGAUAUGGGACCGUAAAAAAUAUCAGACUACAACUAUGAUGGUGCUAUUUUUUCCAGUAGGCUAUGAGCCUUUGAAAGCUUAUCUGGCUCUUAUUGUCUUUAUAACAACACAGUCCUAGGGGAUAUACAGAUUUUUUUUUCUACUAGAUGAUAAAUAUAACUUGCUGUUUUACAGCAUUCUCAAUAUUACAUUGAGAUAAAGAUAAUAGGAAAAAGCCAACCAGUCUGUACAUCAGUGAGAUGAAUCUUAGGUACACAUUUUGUACAGAAGGCUUUACUGAACAGAAAAAUCAAGUUUCUGCUUUUCCUCAGGUAAUCACUUCAGUUUGGAUGUUUCACUGAAAACAUUAAUGCAACUUUAGUUAGUCUGCCUAAAGUUGGUAACAGAAAUUGUUCCACACAUGAAUCUCCCUAUGUAAGAUACAACUAGAUGCUACUUGGGUCUUGAGAUCCAUUUUUGAAGAAAAAGUUGCAGAGAACAAUACUAAAGAACAUGGAACAAUGCUUCAAUCUCUGCUCUCAUCAAAAUUUGCAGUCAGGACAAAAAUUACCUAGGAACUUGGGUCUUGUGGCAAAUCAACAGGUAAUGUUUUACCUGUUUAUUUAUAUACAAAAUAAAGGUAUGACUCUACUAUUUGUUCCAUAUUUUAUCCUACUUAGGAGUUUUUUGGAAAUCUUUUGAAGCCACAAUGACCUCUGCAUGUCCUGGUUGUAGGGUAGGAACUACAUGCCCAAUUCUAUGAACAUUUACAUUGGUAACUUUAGUAAUAACCUGGAUGGUUCCACAGAAACCAGUGGGAUCAUUCAUUCAAACAGAGGUAUGGCUGAAGGAAGAAGUCCUGAGUUUUGAGUACUGAUACUCCACUAUUUUUGUUAUUUCUGUUUGAAAUGGAAAGUAUUGGUUUGAUGGAAUCUUUAAUUCAAGUGACUUAUCUGGACAAAAGGAAAGUUUGUUCUUUCCUUCUGCAAACAGGAUCAUUUUGCAGUUAAGGGACAAUUAGCCAGUGCAACCACUAAGCCUUUUAUCCUCAUAUGUGGCAUAAUAAAGAUUCUGGAACUGUCAGAGUGUAAAACCAUAUUUUUGGCUUAGCUUCAUUUAAAAGUUUACAAUUUUUUAUGCUUUGUGUUGCUGUGUAAUUUCUGUACUACUGGUGGCUAGUUUUGUCUGAAUAAGCCUUUUGGGGAUUAAUGCUUAAUGUUUUGAUUUUACGAUAGUGAAGCUUGUAUCCAGUGUUUUGCCAAUGAAUAUUAUAUGCUUGUUAAUAAAAGCAGAGAAACUAACUGAAA